AUGGGCUGUUGUUGCAGCAGAUCAAAAUCGAGUAGCUCACCAAGCCCUACAUCUCCGCCAAACGAAAUGGAAGACGUCAGGCCAACGUUACAAAGCCUAAUAGCGGAAAGUGACGCUCUACUAGAGGAGAACAGAUGGGUCGAGGCGCGCGGAAAGCUGGACCAGGCCGUACAGCUCUCAGAGCAGCAGCAAGGACCCGACCACGAGGAUACGCUAGAAACAAAAGCAAUUCUGGCCUACAAUCUCCGCAAGCACGGCGAGUAUCAGGAAGCCGAGCAGAUAGACCGUGAAGUGCAUGCUACCCGCCUGAGAGUCUCUGGACCGGAUCACACCGAGACUGCUAAGGCAUUGAAUAAUAUUGCGCUGGAUUUGAAAGGUCUUGCUAGCUAUCACCAGCAGUGUCGGUUUGGUGAUGCUGCCAGGUUGCAUGAGAAGACGCUCGAGCUCCGGGUAAAGACACUUGGUCGAGACCACUUUGAAACAAUCAUGGCUAUGGAUCUGCUUGGUGUUGACUGUCGCGAGUUAGGUCAGGUGGAGAAAGCUGCGAGGUACCAGGAGGAAGCGCUUGAGCUUGCGACAAACAGUCUGGGCGAAGGGAGUGAGACUACCCUUCGGUGUUCGAUAAACCUAGCGUCAACGUACCAGGCAUUUGGGACGGCCGAUGGACAACAGAAAGCAUUAACCUUGCUGGAGCGGGCUCUGGAUCUAUCGCGCCGGAACCUGGGUGAAGAAAGUCCGGAGACGGUGGGCACCAUGAACAAUCUCGCGGUGGCGUAUGUUAAGGCGGACAGACUAGACGAUGCUUACCCCUUAUUGAAAGCAGCUUAUGAUAUAAAUCGAAAGACGCUGGGUCCAGAUCAUCCGAAGACCCGAGCGUCGGAGGGCAACUAUAACUAUGUUAUGGAGAAGCUUGGUUUAACUCAGGCUAACAUAUUCGGCGCCUGA